UCUCUCUCUCUGUCUGCCAGCUGAUGCUGACUCUCGUCAUCCCGAGGAAAAACCUGGACGGACGGUGGUUUUGGGGAUUUUGGACACAGACUAUAGCAUUUACUACUUGGUUUACAGAGGGAAACUGCGAAUUUAAAGAAGACACAAAGACAGAAACCGAUAGAGGAAAGUGGACAGAAAGCAAGCAAGCCAGUGCACAGUAAAAAAAAAAGGCAGGGGGGGGGGAGAACAACAACUUCCAGCCCCCGGCCGGCUGUGCGUGCGCGUGUGUGUGUCCUCGGAGCGGUCUGCGGGGGAGCCGUGCAGCUGUUUGCCACCACAAAAGUUAUAACAAGGAUAAUUCAACGUCGACACUGUGGAAACACGGAUCAAUGAGCCGACCUCUCCCUGCUUUGUCAACUAUUGUUUCCCAGUCUCUCUCCAACCGGUGGGUGUAAGACUCUGGGUCCCAGAUGGAGUUCCCCGACGACUUCCUGCUGGCCGAGCUCGGUCACCUGCAGCUCUACAACGACUCGCUCUUCCACGGCAACUUAACCGCCUACAACGACACGGACACCCUGCUCCCCACGGGGGUGAAGGUCACCAUCGUGGUCGUCUACAUGAUCGUCUGCGUCAUUGGCCUGGUGGGCAACUUCCUGGUCAUGUAUGUCAUCAUUAGAUACACUAAGAUGAAGACGGCCACCAACAUCUACAUCUUCAACCUGGCUCUGGCUGACUCUCUGUUCCUGGCUACUCUACCUUUCCAGGGCACCGACGUGUUCCUGGGCUUCUGGCCGUUCGGUAACGCUCUGUGCAAGGCGGUGGUGUCUAUCGACUACUACAACAUGUUCACCAGCACCUUCACCCUGACGGUGAUGAGCAUGGACAGGUACGUGGCCGUCUGCCACCCUGUCAAAGCGCUGGACAUGAGGACUCCUCACAAGGCCAAGGUGGUGAAUAUCUGUGUGUGGGUGUUGGCCUCGGCCUUUGGCGUCCCAGCCAUGGUCCUGGGAAAUGUGGAGGAGGAACAAGAGCAUAACAGCGUGGAAUGCAUCGUGGUUUUACCUGAGCCAAAGGAUAACUGGGAUCCUGUCUUUGGCACCGGUGUUUUCCUCUUCUCCUUCCUCAUCCCCGUGGCGAUCAUCAGCAUCUGCUACAGCCUGAUGGUCAAGCGCCUGCGCAACGUCCGCAUCCUCUCUGGCUCGAAGGAAAAAGACCGCAACCUGCGGCGCAUCACCAGGAUGGUCCUGGUGGUGGUGGCAGCAUUUGUCGUCUGUUGGACCCCCAUCCAGAUCAUGGUCCUGGCUCAGUCACUUGGCUUCAACAUGAGCAGCUUUUUCACGGUGGUCCUGAUGCACUUCUGCAUCGCGCUGGGCUAUGUCAACAGCAGCUUGAAUCCUGUGCUCUACGCCUUCCUGGAUGAGAAUUUCAAACGAUGCUUCCGCGAGUUCUGCAACCCGUCGCCAUUCCACCUCGACACUCAGCAGUCGGGCAGGAUGAGGAGCAUCGCUAGGGAGGUGGCAGCGGCUUACAGCUGCAAGGCUGAUGGUGGGGGUCAUGGAGGAGGGACCCCUAAUCCAGCAUGACUAGGCGUGGAGCUCCCCUUGGUAGGGGUAGACCCCCAACAGAGGAGAGAGAACCAGGGGACAGGCAACUCCAACACAGAAUUGACUCAGAUUACAGCUCUCUAGCGGCACGAGCCCCCCCGCCCCCCAACUAGAAGACUGGCCUGGGGUGGGGGGGAGGGAGAUGAGGAGGAUGGAGUUGAAAGGAAAAGAAUUUAAGAAUAUGGAUGGGUAUGACAAACAUAGGACCUAUAGGUUGCUUACAGUUCAUGGGUAAAAGGGAAAUGGGAUAGGUUGAAAGAUUGGGUGGAAAGGGUGGUGGACAUCUUGGUAGGGGAUGGUGCCAGAUAUGGGAGUAGCUCAAACCAUUAUGGGUCCUGGAUUUUAGAAUGUCUAUGGCUCGAAUUCCGCUGAGACGGUAAGUUGUUUUGGAAUGUAAGACUAUCGUUACGUGGUGAGGUGACAGCAUUAUUUGAAACUUAUUGCAGCUCCAAAAACAACAGCCUCACUAACAGAAAUGGCAUCUGCCAACUGAGGCUGGUACCCAGUUGCUGCAUCUCUAGAAAGAUGUCUGACUCUACUUGGGUAUGAGAAGGCAGGGGUUGGGGCUAGACAUUUAGAGAGAGCAUAUAAACAGUAGGAAUAAUACUAAAUAAUAAAAGAGUGCAGAUACCAAAAUCACCAUGUACUACUUUGGUGCUUGUAGAAAGAAUAUAAACAACAUUGGAAGCACGGAUCGUGGCUGUCUGGCGGUAAGGACCAUGGACUGAAGACCUGCCAAGGAAGAGUAAAGCUUUCUGGAAGUGUGAAAUAGAGAAUAAACACAUUCACUACAGUUUAUUGUAUCUUUAUCAGUUGAUGUUUCAGACUAAAGAACUAUGUCGUGAGUGUGUCCCACAGUGAUCCUAGUAUGGGGUCUUUAUUGUGAUGGUUUCUCUUAAAAUGGGUCUACCUAAUUGUAAUAUGCUGCUUAUAAGGACUUACAUGGGUACACAAAGUAUAAUGUGAUAUUUCAGCCUGUAGACAGGAAGUUGGAUGUAAUACCUGCAAACAAUAGCUGGCAUAGAGAAAAAGAACAAUGUGCAACACGCUACUCCUUAACAAUAUUCCUUAAACUGUGUCUAUGGACCCAGAACGGGUCACAUGAAUGUUAUUUCUCAUAGGAGCAACAUUUGUCAUGUGUUCUGAAGCAAAAUAACCUGAGAAACCCUGUCCAACAAGUUUCUUAGAGUUGUGAUUUUUGAAAACUUUCUAUGACCAACUGAGGUGUUGUAAAUUAAGAGUUUGGGGUGGGGGGGAAGCUGGUAAGACCUGGGAGAACAGCAAAAACUCAACAAGAGAAUCCGUGUUUGGGACAAGCCCAGCCUGGGUAUUAAUCCAUCUUCUUCUUGCUGUGUUUUAGGACACAAGAUGAAUGACAGUGCCUGUCUGUGGGGGGUCCACACAUGAAAUCUCAAUUAGCCUGUAUCCAAGGGUAGAUGUACCCAUAUCAAAUUUGCAGCUAGGACUUGAAAGGGUUUCAAUAAACAUAAUCUUGGCAUAACAUUAUGGGCAAAAAUUAUGCAUUUGUAAAAGCUGUCACAAUAAAAGUUUCAAGCACUUAAAAAACAUGACAAUGACAAAGUGAUUAGUGAUAAUGAAUUUGUUCUUCUUAAUUGGACUAAAGAUUGAAAAACAAUCAGAAUUUUUUGAAACCUUCUUACCGGAUGGUAUUUACAACACAUCUGUGAUUCUACCAUUGAACCAGACAUAUCUUGUGGAGAUUUUCAGGACAUUAACUUUAAAAAUGUAUCUAAGGAAAUACACACUACCCCAAACCUGAAAGCAGAGUCACACGGUUGGCCAGUUGAGCCAACAUUGUUACAGUUAUUAGUCAUUAGACUUGAUCUGUUCUGAUUGUGCUAAUUCAUUAUUGCCCUUAUUCAAUACAAGUUUUGAUUAUUUGCAUUUCAUUUGAAUACAAACAGAAACCAAAAUAUGUUUAAAGAUCACGUUUUGGCUUCCAUAAAGUGUACUUUAUCAGAACUCAUGAAAUAUAUUUUGUCAUUUCUGGAACUUUGUACUGUAUCAUUAGCUGAUUCUGGAGCAUUAUGACUGAAUGAAAAAUGAAAAACCUACACUCUUGUACCUGUUGAAGAACAAUAUCACCUUUCUCUUUGUGUAAAAUAACUUCCCUGCAGUGAUUGCAUUUUUCUGUACCAUCACUGUCUUUUGCAAAGCUUUGUCACACUUUUUAGCAUUACCUCUGGCCCGCCACACUGUAAACACUAUACAUGAGUAUUGAUGCAUUCAUAAGUGGUGAUGUAGGCUGAAGUUUACUAGCAUAAAGAAACCAAAGUUUGUUUCCGGGACUCAGUUUUAGGUGUGCAUACUUCUAAUUUCCAACAAUAUAUUAUUACACAGCCGUAAUGAUCUCAGUUGGUAACUGGUCAACAACCGAAGCUCUGUUUGUUUUGAUGGUAACAUUGCAAUUAUCACCAAAGGCGAUGCAUUUUAGGGAUGUGAUUAGUGUAACACCUUCUAGUAAAUGAUACAGGUGUACAGUUGCAGGUUAAAAGGAAGGACAUUAACUGUUUCACUCAAGCCGCUAAAUUUGACCCAUUCUGGAAAGAACAGGUCUAACAUUAGAUAUUUAUGUGGGAGGACAAUACCACCUGAAAUAAACUGUUUAAAAUUAUACUUGCAGCUUGCGGUUCAAUUUCCUGUGAUACCUGCCAUGGUAAUUAGGCAUUUUGAAUAAAAGCAAAGUGAACAUAGCAGAAGCGAUAUAAUCACAGAUGUUUUGAAAAUGACACAUCUGGGUGGGCUGUUUUUCAGUAGCUGCUGUCAGGUUUGGGGAAUCAGACGUGCAACUGAUGGGGUUUGGGGUCUAGGUAGGGAUUGGGAAUGUUGGUUGUUGAACUCUGGGUUUGAGAUAUCUUGAGGUGGGGACAUUGACAUUGGGUGGGGUUGGGUAGGGUUUGCUAUUAGGGAGUCAUUUAGACUCCCAGCACCACAGUGGCAAAGCAGGAGGACGGGGUCACAGUGUGCUGACUCCACUCCAAGGGACAAAGGGGCUCUCUCUCUUCUUAGUGUCUUAAAGUGGAAAUCAAUCCUGAAACAGAAACCACAGCAGGUACUGUACAGUUUUGGAAAUUAUACUGACAGCAUUAGACUAUAUACAGUAUUCCAACUUAUGGAGAUCUUCUGCAACAGUUACUUGACAAAAAUAUAAAUAAAAUACAAUAUGUUUUAUUUUGGUUCUUAACUGGAAAUGUGUCUCUCACAUAACAAGUCUAAAUGUAAAAAAAUGUUAAUAAUGCUUUUUCAAAGUUUCACAGUUUUUAUAUUUACGCUAUUGUGAUAACCAAGAAAACGAACAGGUCUUGCCUAAAUGUUUGCAAAAACCAUGUUAGGCCAAACAAUGGACACAUUAUUAUCUAAAAUCUAUUUACAGAUAUUUCUGACACUGCUCAUUACAAUUAGCAAAAUAAUCAGUCUUUUUCACUUUUACAUGUAGAUUAAAAAAAACAAAUUGAAAUACAGGUAGUUUUCAAUUUUGUUAUUUGUUUCAUGAUGGUGUUUGCAGUGAGAAAUUAAACCCAAUGACAAUUUGAUUGGAUUUCCCAUUUUUAAAAUUACACAGUUUAACACUUUCCUGUUUCCUAUGGUCUGAUAGUUGCAGAGAGGCACUUAACAGUUAAGCUGUCCAGGCUUUAAGAGUUAACAUGUGGAUUCUGUUUUGAGGUUGGUGUCCCCUUUACUUUUAUAUUUGUGUCUCUUCAUAUAAUUUGGUAAUUUUUGAUUGGGUUACCUUGAAUUUAAAACAUCUGUGUUUUUUCGCUUAUGUUUUUCAUUGACAGGAUGGAUUUCAGGAUAGCAAGUGACACCAUUUGCUGUCACGAAGGGUUGUGGUUUGCUGUCAAUUGUAUUUUUUUAACUUAUGUCUGUACAAACCAAUUUCUUUGCUGCAGUUACUCUUUGCAGCACAUAUAUUGUAAAUCCUAAUUUGGUCUUCUUUUGUUUGAGAGGAACAAUUCUAUGAACUUACAUUGCCUUAAAUAUCAAGUCUGUUAACUGAUGUUUGCUCUCUGGCUGGAUAAAAUGUGUUCUAGUUUUUACUGGUGCUUCGCUGUUAGUUUAUACUAGUCCAGACCGUAUUCAUAAAGCUUCUGAGGACAGGAUCCGUCAGGCCAGAGAAUAAUACAAUUUUGAGAUUGUAUUUUCUUAGGUUGCUGCUGAGCAGUUUGGUCCAUUUUAACCGAACUCUGGAGCGUUUCGUCGAGUGGCCAGGUGGUUUAGGGCGGUGUGAAAGCUCAUUCCAACUCUGGUGCAGACCAAACAAAAGAACUCUGGUCCGCUUGAAAACGGGGGUCUCGGUUCACUUCCAAGUGAUCUCGAGUUUGGUUCACUUUAGGUGACAACGCGAUCCGACCCAAAUACAGGAAGUUAUCCAAAAAACAGUGCUUUUUCUAGCCUGUAAUUACAACCUUGCACACAAUUUAAGGACGUAUACAUGAGUUAAGAGACGGUAACUUUCAAAUCCAUAACCUAUUUUAACCAUACAUUGCUCGUCAUCUGUGUGACAACACAUCAUCAUCUCUCUCUCUCUCAUCACCACUUGCUGUCUUUUCAGCUGCUCAUUGUUCGUCUUCUUCUAAAAUAUUAGAAACACAGAAGCAGAACCAGAAAACCCAAGACGUAAUAAAUCUGGUGUUGCUCCAUUAUUUCUGAGACCAGAAGUGUCGGCGAGUUUUGGAUAUUCUGUUCAAUAAACAAGCGACCGUUUCGACCGUGUGACGUUUGUACAGUGUUUGGUGCGUUUGACAAAGUGCGGUGUGAAUGCUAACGGAACCACAUGAAAAAUGCAACUUCAGCUCUGAAUCGCACUGAGUCUACCAAAUUAUUGGUGUGAAAGCGCCCUACGUCUAAAAAAUCUGAGAUAAAUCAAAUGUCAUUAACCCCGUUGGCAUUUUAGUGACGUGGACUUAAACUUUGUAUAAUAAAACUGCAAGCUGUCAUCGUGAUUUUUCAUCAUCAAAAAUCUAAAAUAGGCAAUAGAAAAAGACAAAAUAAUUUUUAUUCUUUUAUUUGAAUCUAUAGCACGUAGUUUAAGUAGUUUAAACAUAAACUCCCUGUACUAUGGCCAUUAAGAAAACUUGGAUGGCCAGAUUGGCCGACAUAUUGUAAAUAUUGAAACCUAGAAAGGAGUUCCAGUCAACAGUUUAACCAUUGUUCUAAAUUAGUGCUCAAGGUGUAUUAAACUAUAGGUAACCAUAGCAACGGUACUGGUGCUGUGAGCUAGAUUACUGAUGGACUCUUUCUAGGGCAGGGGUCUUCAACAUUUUUGAAACCAAGGACCCCUUAACUGAAAGAGAGAUGGAGCAGGGACCCUCUACUAAAUAUAUUGUAUAAAAUUAAGUUGCAUAUUAA